UAUUUGUAUUGACUGUGAGAGACGUCAAUCAGAGAGUCCACCCACUCUGCCCAUUGUCUCCUCUUCCUCUUCCAGAGCUGGUUCACUUCCUAUAGGGACUGAAAACCAAGUGAGGAGAUGAAGGAUUACACUGUACUACACCAGAGAAUACAGAGAGGAUAGACACCACAGUUAGAUGCUGACCAUCCCCCAAGAAACAACUGCACGACUGUGGAAAGGCAUUCAAUCCCUUCGCAGCAUUGCUCAGCAUAGAGAAGGUUGGGCAGUGAAACCAUCAUCUGGAGAUUGGUCAGGUCAGGGAGCUUUGACAUACCAUCAGAUCUGAAGCUGGUCAGUAACGUGGAGCCUUCCAGCAGAAGCAACCUUUCUGAAGGUCUGGCUGUCGGUGAUCGGUCAGGCUGAGGCUGUGAGCAAGUGUGCAUGGGCUCUAAGUGUUGUGAGAAAAACUCCAAUAAUUCAUCAAGUCUCAUGGACCACUGACUCAUUCCUACAGGCUGUUCUUAUGUGAGGUGGGCUCCGCAGGCCCAUAAGAUCUCAAUACAAGCAAGUGUAAGAACCAUUGCUAAAGACAGUUCCAUGGAAGAGAAACCAUUCAAGUGUGCAGUUUGUGAUAAAUCUUUUGUGACUUCUACAAGGCUCCUGGCACACCAGAUGAUUCACACGGGGGAGAAACCCUUCAGGUGUGAGGCUUGUGAGAAGGCUUUCACCUCUUCUUCCCAACUGCUGAGGCACCAAAGAAUGCACACAGGGCAGAAACCAUUCACAUGUGAGGUGUGUGAUAAAUCAUUCUCGAUCUUAUCAAACCUACGGGUACACCAACGGAUUCACACAGGAGAGAAACCAUUUGUAUGCGAGGUGUGUGACAAAUCAUUCUCAGACUCAUCAACGCUCCGCAGACAUCAACGCAUUCACACGGGUGAGAAACCAUUUGCGUGUGAACUGUGUGACAAAUCGUUCUUGACAUUGUCGCAACUUCGUGUCCAUCAACGUGUCCAUACUGGGGAGAAACCAUUCAAGUGCAAGGUGUGUGACAAAAAUUUCUCAAGGUCGUCGAACCUCUUGGUGCAUCAGAGGCUGCACACAGGGAAGAAACCAUUCAAGUGUGAGGUGUGUGAUAAAUUAUUCUUGACGUCAUCAAACCUCCGAGUACACCAAUACAUCCACACAGGGGAGAAACCAUUCAAGUGCGAGGUGUGUAACAAAUCAUUCUCAACGUCUUCACUCCUCCUUGCACACCACCGAAUUCACACGGGGGAGAAACCAUUCACAUGCGAAGUUUGUGACAAAUCAUUCUCAGAGUCAUCAAACCUCCGUGCACACCAACGUAUUCACACAGGGGAGAAACCUUUCAGGUGUAACGUGUGUGACAAAUCGUUCUCACAGUCAUCGACCCUCUACCUCCACCAUCGAAUUCACACAGGGGAGAAACCAUUCACAUGCAAGGUGUGUGACAAAUCGUUCUCAAAGUCAUCAAAUCUCCUGUACCAUUGGAGAAUUCACACAGGACAGUAACUCUUCAAGUGUAAGGUUUAUGACAAAGCUUUUAUAAUAUCUUCAACCUUCCUGGAACACACAGGAUUUGCAUGAAGUGCUCCUCAGUUACAAUGUUUAUAAAAAGACUUUCGCACAGUCAGAGUAUCUCUUGGACUAUCAACACACUCGCACAGAGGAGAAAAUCUGACAAUCUGGGUUCAGCAGUAUAGGUUUCACAUAGUUGUUGGACCUUGUAGGACGUCAGCAGACCCACUUGCCAAGUUCUUGUCCAUCAAUACUCCAAUUAAUCUCAGGUUUGACGGUUCAAGUGACCUUCAGCCUCAACCAAUUUUUGACAGAUGGGAGUUCUAGAUUUCCAGACCCCCCUUCUGUGAAGAGGUAUUUGCUGAAUUCAUCUCUGAACAGCCUCACUCUAAUUUUAAUGUUCUGCCCCUUGUUCUGGAGUCUCCUUACAAAUGGACACAAUGUAAUAAUGUUCUGUUCACCAUACUUUCUCCCAAGUUUAAUUUCAAGUUCUGGAAGAGAUCUUGAAUCUUUUUGAGACACUUUUGAUGUAAGUUGUAUAUAGUGUUUGUCUGCUAUUUUUUCAAUAUUUUCUGUAGCUUUAUAAUCUGUAAUAAAUCACACUUUG